AUGGAUACCAGAAACGAUGAUAAUAAUAAGGCAUUCGAAUACGUUAGCAAUCUGUGCGAAAGUGGGAAGAUUGUUAAUAACGAAGAAAUCGAGAAACUGUUUCGAUCCAUUGAUGAUGUGGAUUUCACAUUGAUCAAGAGUACAGAGGAGGAUGAUGCUCGAGAUCCUCAAGUGGUAGCCCAAGAGGAGAUCACGCCGACUGAAGCCCCACCAGAAAGUUUGAAGCAUUCGGGCGUAACAAAGAGUAAAUCUAUGUCAAAGCACUCGAGUGCUGUGUGGCAAUAUUUCGAAAGGGAAAUUAAUAAUACAGCCCGCUGUACGAUUUGCAAUAAAGUGUACAAACAUUGCGGAAACACAUCGAACUUACUUCAGCACCUUAAUGGACGCCACGCGUUGUUUUGCUCCCAAGCUGUCAGACUGAAGCAAAAGCAAAAGGCUAGAGUGACUUCCGAAUCUAGUGACGAUCGUGACGAUCUUGAUGGCCCUCCACCGAAACAAGUAAAAUUCAAACCACAGAAGGAGGCUUCUGACAAAAUUACAAAUGCCAUUUUGUACAUGAUCGCGGCCGAUAAAAUGCCAUUAUCUAUAGUGCAAAACGACGGCUUUCAAUGGGUCAUAAAAACAUUGGCACCUCUCUACACUAUGCCGAGCAGAAAAACCGUGACAAGAUUGAUAGACGUCCGAUAUGAAGUAUUGAAAAACCGCUUUAUAAGCACCCUCAAGGAAGUUGACUCUUAUUCUAUAACAUGCGAUAAUUGGACAGAUGUCGGCAACCAAAGUUAUCUCGGCGUCACCAUCCACUAUGUAACUAAACAAAUUGAAAUGAAGAAUGGAUGUAUUGGAGUUUUUCCGAUGAGUGAAAAUCACACAUCACAGUAUCUCAGAGAGUGCUUAAAUUCAGUCGUGGAGGACUUCAAUUUGGACCAAUCGAAAAUUAUGGCAGUCGUUACAGAUAAAGCGGCCAACAUCAAGAAAGCUGUACGCGACUUUAUGGGACAGGACAAACAUGUGGCCUGUUUUGCGCAUACUCUAUCUCAUCUCGUACCAGACGUACUAGUCGCUAUGCCCAUUGUGCGGGAUACGAUUGCAAAAGUGAAGGCUAUAGUCACAGUCACAAAAAGAAGCGUCGUGGCUUCCGAUGAAUUAAAGAAGUUGCAAAUGCGAGACGGAAAAACGGAAGGAACUGCAUUGAAAUUUAUUCAAGAUGUUCCUACACGUUGGAACUCGACGCUCUACAUGCUAGAAAGAUUUGUCGCUCUCGAGGAAUAUGUUUAUCCGGUUAUGUCGAAGUGUCCGAGUGCACCAGAUAUGUUAAAACGAGAAGAAAUGCAAAUGCUGAACGAUGUCAUAUCCCUCAUGAAACCAGUCGAGCGUGUCAUCACUGAAGUCAGUGGAGACUCCUAUCCAACAUGUAGCGUUAUCAUCCCGUUAGUUCGAUGCUUGAAAGUGGCCGUUCGAGAAUGUAACCCUUUAACAAGGUGUGGAAUCGAAUUUAAAGAAAAACUCGAAAAAGCGAUUAAUAUACGAUUUAAAGAUUUUGAGUUGCACAAAAUACUAGCAAUUUCAAAUAUACUGGAUCCAAGAUUCAAGAAAAUCCACUUUGAGAGCGCUCUGGCUGCUUCUUCUGCAAUAUCGCAAAUUAAUGAUUACAUUCAGAAGGAUACCGUACAAAAAACGUAUAACAAAGAAUCCGUUGAAUCGAUAGUAAAGACCGAUGUCUGGAGCUUUCAUGACCACUUGGUUGCGAACAAAGCUGACUACAGUACUCACAGCGAAGACAUCAGUUUCGAAAUAAGACAAUAUUUGAGCCAACCAGUCAUCCGACGUCAAGAAAACCCUCUUAAGUAUUGGUCAUCGAUGAAGCUCGCGUUUCCGUCAUUGUAUAAAUUGGCAUUAAACUACGUCAGUAUUAUUGGAACAUCGGUGCCAUCCGAAAGGCUGUUUUCUGAAGCUGGUAACAUCAAAACCGACAAUCGGAGUAGACUAUCUGGUGAGCACUUAAAUAAACUGCUGUUUCUUAGUUCGCUUUCACGAGAGGAUUGGAGUUGUUUGGAGUAACAAUUAAUUGUCAUGUGCUAUGUUCCUAGUUCCUAUAACUAUGUUCCUAUAUUAUAACUAAUGUCUACAACUAUGUUUCUAUACUAUA